ACCAUGCUGUGUCAAGUCUCUGCUUUGGUUUUCCUAGUGACUUUGAAUGUGGUGGCUGCACAGUUCAGCUGCCCAACAACCCACAUCACAAAAGACAAUGGUAUCUUUGGAGCUAUUCCAACUGGAGCCGCUUCAAUGGUGACAGUUCCAGCUGGAGUAGACUGCACAUACUUUUUCGACAUUCCAAAAGGAUUUGCAGUGAAACUUGAGACAACUGCACUGUAUGAUGUCUCACCUGGAGAUUCUAUCAGAUUUGAUUACUUCUACAUUUCUUCUCCAGCUGAGAAAAGAAUUGAAUUUGCUGUCAACCAGACACUUCCUUUCCAUGUGGUAUCAGUCACUGGUAAUCUACAAUUUUUUGCAACCUACACCUAUAUUGACAUGACGGGCUACCAACAAGUGGUGCAACCAACUGGAACAUUCUUCAACUCUACUCUCGAGGCAAACAAGUAUUUGACUUUCAAAUCAGCAGAGAACGAACAGGUAGCAGUUAAAUACGGUUCUCUUCAAAGUGGAUUUGCCGAUAGUUCUAUUUAUGAAAUUUUCGUUUUCGAUGGAAACGAUAUCACAAAUGCGGAGUAUUUGGGAAGAUUCACUGAGCUUUACCAUGCACCACAAUAUGCAAUUUACUCCACUUCUAAUACUCUCACAUUCUUGAACUUGUACCGUACUCCAUCUAAUUCAAUGUUACUUGCAAACGACGCAUCAGUCAUCGAAAACUAUGAAGUUUACAACAUUAUGGUUCUGGACUCUGUCAACCCGUAUUCUGGAUACAUGUCCAACUACUAUGAUGAUGCUGAUGCAUACUUUACUGUCAUUUGUGAUGGUUGCUCCAGUAUUAACAUCAAAACUCUGAUUUUCGAUUCAAAGUAUAAGAAUGGCGCCGGAUAUCUCGAGGUCGCUGAAAUGUCCCCAACUCAAAAACUUCCAGCAAAGCUCAACUACCCAGCAUCCACAAGCCCAAGCAACCGUCUCCCACAAUUGAUUUCUUCACAAAUGGCAACUUUCCACACUUUCAAUGCACGUGUCACGUAUGGCAUUCAAGGUGUUAAUUGAACGAAGAUAUCAAUAAAUUCUGGACAAUUUUAUGACUUAAUGGCAGACAUAAAUAAAGUUGCGAUUAUUU